AUGGGAACCGACGUGGAAGAGUUGGUGAAACCUUUAUUGUCUGAAUCCAUGGCAAUCGCCGGGGAAGUUGGGAUCCGCCUGCCUAAACAAACCCGGUUUGAUCGGAACGUGAAACCUGUGGAGAAUCCGACUGUUGAUACUCCUGUCCGUGAGAAUGAGAUGAUGGAAACUGCGGAUAUUGAGACUGCGAAUCGUAAGACUGCGUUCAGUGAUACUGCGAUUAUGGAGACUGCAACCCAACCCUUUUUUCAAUGGUCGGGUCCUCACAAGUACAAAGGAGAGUUCGAGAGCGGCAUGUGGAAAUUUAAACGUACCAUGGCAUUUUGGAAACACGACAAAGAUAAUAAGGUCAUCGAUGCGCCGAAACUAGGGAAGUUGUUGGAGGCUAAAAUGAAGGCAUCGGGAUCGAAGCACGUUGAACCGGACGAGGUCAUCAUCACCAUGUUGCUCUCUUUCAGUCCACUGGAUGUGGUGAAGCUACUAAAAUUGCUUCGUGAGAUUGAGGGCAUGGAAGGUAAGGCCGACGCGUUGCACAGGCGACUACUUGUGAUCUUCAAAGAGCAUCUAGGGGUGGUGUCUUACGCGUGGAUGGAGUCGGAAUAUCUUCCCGAAGACCUUUUUAAGGUUGACCGGUUGGAUGGAACGACGAUAGACUACGAUGAAACACCAGUUUUUCUAUCAGAGUGGCUAUGGUAUAUUGGCAAGUACAGCGAAACACACUUACAUCUAUUUCGCGUAGAUCACGCUGUGAAACUUUUGUUCAAAGCAAAGGGGCUAAAUACGUGA